AUGGCCUCGUCAUGGGAGCAUCUGGGCGAGCUGGGGACAAUCGGGCAGCUGGUCGGCGCCGACGCCGUCCGCCUGAUCGGAAUGAUCGUCCAGGCCGCGAACACCGCGCGGAUGCACAAGAACAACUGCCGCCAGUUCGCGCAGCACCUGAAGCUCAUCGGUAACCUUCUGGAGCAGCUCAGGAUCUCGGAGCUGAAGAAAUAUCCGGAGACGCGGGAGCCUCUGGAGCAGCUGGAGGAAGCGCUGAGGAGAUCCUAUGUCCUCGUCAACAGCUGCCAGGACCGGAGCUACCUCUACCUCCUGGCCAUGGGCUGGAACAUUGUUUACCAGUUCAGGAAGGCCCAGACGGAGAUCGAUCGGUACCUGCGUCUAGUCCCUCUCAUCACGCUCGUCAACAACGCCAGAAUCAGGGUACGGUGCUGCUCAUUUUCUCAGUUUGGAUGGAUUCAACAAUGCCGUCACAUCUCCCCCGAUUCCUUGCUUGGCAGGAAAGGCUCGAGGACAUCGAGAAGGAUCAGCGCGAGUACACCCUGGAUGAAGAGGACAGGAAGGUGCAGGACGUGAUCCUGAAUCGCGAUCCUUCCCAGAAGGAUGCUCUGGUGCUGAAGAAGACCCUCUCGUGCUCCUAUCCAAACCUACCGUUCGACAAGGCCCUUCGAAAGGAGAGCGAGAAACUCCAGCUGGAGUUGCAGAGAUCUCAGACUAACCUGGAUGUCGGCCAGUGCGAGGUCAUACAGCAUCUGAUCGGGGUGGCGGAGACCGUCGCAAGUUCUCUUCCCGAGAAGGAUUCUCCGCCAAAUAGUAAGCAAGAGCAACAUCAUCCAGGCUAUGCGAGGGCUAAAGAACACAGCGAUCGAAAACGGUUUGUUUCUCCCCACUUCAAUCUCCCUAGUGCUGUGAUCCAUCGCUAUCAAGGAAUCCUGCCCAGUAGGAAGAACAACAAGCCCCUUUGUGAUCUGAUCUUUGACAACCUUUUUGAAAAAUAAAAUAACUCUUUUUUUUAGCCAUUUGGAUUCUGGUUCCUCAUUACAUGCUUGUUUAGGCAUUUCCUCCUUGAAUUCAUAGUUUAGAGUUGAAUAACAGUUGAGUUUCCUCAAAAUUAUCCCUCCUAAGAGACCUGGUGGAUCGAUCAACCAAUCAAUUCGAAACCCAGGGAUAUGAAAUCCAUCUAUUUUAUUUCUAUGCCAUUUUUAUUUACCUGUUUUUUGUAUGAGAAACAAUGGAGCUCCCUGCUGCGUGCAGAUGCCCUUCCACCGUCGCAUCGAGCAAGGAGUCGCCUCAACAAGGAGAAUGGCACUCGGAUCUACUCGAUUGCUGCUCAGAACCGUACUUGUGUAAGCCAGUUCUUUCCAUCUGGCAUCCAAAUUCUUCAUAAGAACGAAUACAUUUUUUUUUAUUUUUGCUCUUCACCUAAAUUUUUUUUCAAAGCUGAAGUUAUUCCGUAUGAUAGCUCCCAUUAACGAACAGACUUACAUCGUUCAUCACCUUCUUCUGUCCUGCAGGCAUAAGAACGUUCUUCUUCCCAUGCGGAACGUUGUCGAAGAUUGCAUGCGUCGCCAAAAGAAGACCCGUCUGUGAGUGCUCCAUCUCCACGAACCAGUCCUCAUUCCUCAACAUCUGGAAUAAUUUUCAUGGCUUUGAUCAAAUGAAAGAAUGGACUAGAUCCCUUAUAUAGUCCCUUCAUUGGCUUUCAUAACACCGGAGAUCGACUCUGAUUAGGUUUCUUCCCCCUGGUCGGUCAUUGACUCUCUGCCUGGUUGUUUCCGAAUCGUCAGCUUCCGCCGAGGUGUGCAAUGAUCUGAUGGCUUACUCACUGGUGCUCUCGUGCUGCUGCUACACCUGCUGCAUCCGGAGGAACCUCCGCCAACUACUGAACAUCGAGGUGGAGUCCUCUUCCUCCGCGCCUCAAGAUGAUCUUCAUCCGUUUUUGGUGCUCAACAGAUCAUCCGACGACCUCUCCUGCCUGUUCAGGGCGGGUUCUUCGACGACUUCCUGUCUCAUCUGAUGUGCUGCUGCUGCGCGCUCGUCCAAGAAUGGCGAGAAGUGGAGGAGCGUGGAAUCCAAGGUAUGUGAAUGUAUUCAACCUGGAAGCUUUCCGGUGGAUCUACCGGCGGCGGCAGCGAGAGGUCCCGGUGGGGCUCCGCCUCCUGAUGGAUCCCAUGCAGAGGGGAAGGAGAUACCUAACGAGCGUCCGCCUGCACCCUGCAGGGCCGGAGAAGACGAAGACGGGACCGCCGCCGUUUCAGUGCAUGGAAUCCACCUGA